CUUAAGCAUAUCUCAUGAUUGCACGACUGCCUCUGUUUUGACCAAAACACAGCAAAUAGCCGGAUUCGGAACAUACGGCACACUGGGCACGUACACCUCAGAUUUACUUCUUUAUCAGAUGGAGACAAAGCUGCUGUCUCAGACCCGCUGAGCUGUCUGACAACGCAUCAUCUCUCCCUCAACAAACAAGCAACACAAGACUCAGCGGAGAAGAUCACCGCGGAUCUGCUGCCAUCUGCUUCACCUCUGGCACAAGUAACAGCAGCAGAAAUGACACUGUUAUUUGACUGCAGACUCACAUUUAGGUAGUAAAUAAAGCCACAUGAACACACGCAGGAAGUGGAAUGAGGGGUUCUCCAGUGUGUGCCUAUAGGCCUAUUUGGGGCCAGUACUGCUAGAACGUUUCUGAUGAUGUUUCCCCCUCAUGAUGAACCAGCAGCAAAUGUUACCCAUCAAGUGACGGUCACAGCCACUGGUGUUUGGACCAUCGUCAUCGUGAAGGUUCUGGAGACCAGCUUCACGCAGCGCAUCUUCCUCUCUGCCAGCCAGUCGAACACCAUUCACCUGCCAUCGUCUGUGGGGAUUGCCAGUGAUCGCUCCUCCAGUCUCCUCAGUGUGAUGUCUACAAAGCCUGUGACAGUCCUCGCCUCAUUCUGCACACACACUGGCUGUGACCACAGCUCUCUCCAUGACGUGUCCUCCUGGGGGACGCGCUACUAUCCCGUCACUCCUCACUUCCCUAACCAGACUGCUGUCAGCCAGAUGGUGAUCACCAGCGCAGACCAUGACACACCAGUGAACAUGCUCCUCUCCGGGGAUACUUGCUUUAAUGGCAAUAUGUACCCCAGUGGUAUUGUCCUUAAGUUGAACAUGGGGGCGCUGCAGAGCGUUUACAUCGAGAGCAGCACCAGCCUUUCUGGCUCGGAGUUAAAUUCCAAAGGAGCUGUAGGUGUUGUCGUUGGUUUAACCUGCUCCAAACUCACACCUGGGUAUUGUUGGUAUGGCUUUGCUGAGCUGAAACCCGUCUCUCAGUGGAGUUUGGAUUACAUUUUCCUUCCCGGUUGUAAACACAGGAAUUCGUUCUAGUUUCCUCUUGGCAAUAGCUCCUAUUAACUCUGAUCUGAACGUCACCAGCAGCACCGGACAAAAUAAUGUCUCUGACUGGUGGCGUUAUAAAGAUCAUCCCAGUUGGGACCUCAGAUCAAAUCCACAUUGCUAGUGACAAUGCUCUUCAGCUUAUUUACUUCAGUCAUGACACUGGACCGAGGUUUUCAACUCUUACUGUGCUGCCUUCUGCGGAGGUUAUCUGCCACUCAGAACCUAUAUUUGAUUCCAGUGACGUGACUCU